ACUCUAAGAAAUCAUUUCACAUCAAGAUUUAAACAUCUACUGGUGAAUCAUUGUCAGAUUUAUUUUAUCGCAAGCCUUUUAUUUUAUAUAGAUAGUUAGAUAGUUUGGCAUUGCAAAGAAAAUGUAUGCAAGAGCCCCUAGGGUUACCUACGUUCUAGUAGGAGGCACUGCUGAAAAUGUGGGACCAGGAUCUUAUGAGGUCAAUCAAAAAAGGACUAACAAACCAGACUGCUACGCUCCGUUUAUGUCGCUGUCCGGCAGAGAGACCAUUUUCCAAAUGUCUGUCGACGAAAUAGAGGCUCCUGGACCCGGAGAGUACGACACCAGACCUGUGAAGAGUCGUGUUCUGGGCGGACGGAGUCUUCAGAAUCGGUCAAAGCGGUUUGAGGAAGCGGUUUCUGAGAUCCCAGGGCCUGGAGCGUACCAGGUCCCGCAGGACACCGCCGCGGAGAGCGCCCGAAAAUGGAGGAGGUCGGCCAAAAGGGGAGUUUCCUACCUCCUGAAGAGCCUGAGGCAGCCUGACAUCCCCUCCAUCCCGUCGCCUGGUCAGGCCUACGGGUAUGAGGAGAGUGACCAGGGCAUUCUCCGCCGGCAACCCCUGCCAGCCAAGGACGAGACCCUGGGGCCUGCUUUCUACAGCCCUCUGGUGGCGGAGAGCGACUCCUCCCAGAAGUACAGAGGAGUGCACUUUGGGAGGAUGACGGGGGAGCGGGGCGAGGCGAGGGUGUCCCAGGGCCCGGGGCCCGGGGCCUACAGUCCUGAAGAGAAUCAUACCGUCCUCUACGAGAACGUCAAUGUGAAGAAGGAGUCCGGGAGCCGGGCUCAGCUCAUCCUGCCGCGCUACCACCAGAUCCUGGCUCUGCAGGAGGAGAAGAAGGCCGUCCCGGGUCCUGGGAAAUAUCACAUCAGAGGCCAGUUUGAGAGGACGGACGACCAAAAAGAUGGGAACCCUGCCGUCAACCCCCCCUUCCUCUUCCAGGCUCAGCGGUUUGUCCCAGCGAAGGAGACGGCGCCCCCCGUAGGCCUGUAUGACGACCCGCGCGCGGCCAUGGGCACCCUGAGGAAAGCCCCGGGGCUGAAGCGGAGCCCCUUCGGCCAGACGGCUGUGCGAUUCAGCCCUCAGGGCGGCAAAUCACCCACCCCCGGUCCAGGCGCAUACAACAUGUUUGACUGCAGCAUGGCCCAGGACAGCCUGAGGCGCGCCCUGCUGGAGAAGCACAGGAAGGGAGGCUUCGGCUCCCAGGCCGCCAGAAACCCCGCCUUCUUCAAGAGGGAGGAGGCCGCCGUCCCGGGGCCUGCGCAGUACAAGGCGGAGAAGAAGCCAGAGGAGCUGUACAAGCAGAAACACACGGCCGCCUUCAAGUCCGUGACAGAGAGGCUAAUGAGCUCUCGGGCACUUCAGACCAUCCCACCCCCCAGCUCCUACGACGUGCGGGAGUCCUUUGAGAAAACGCGUGGCCGAACCUGCUACAUGCCCCCCAGGAACGCAGGGGCAAGGAAACGGCAGAGCAGCUUCCUGAGUGCCGCCCCCAGAGUCUCCUCUUUCCAACCUCCUGCGCCCGAGACCCCAGGUCCUGGGCAAUACAGUCCUGCUUUCAAGUCCAAUCCUAAGAUGGCCCUGAUUGUGUGCCAGGAGGACCGCUUCAAAGAGCCAAAGGACACGGCACCCAGCCCGACCACGUACGAGCUGAGCCCAGCGGUGAUGGACACAGUGCUAAAGGGAACGUUCAACGUCACCCUGGACAACCCCCUGGCUGCCCGCCAUCACAGCCUGCCGCAAGAGAGCACAGCCCAGCCCGCUCUCACCCUCACCGGCUCUUAGGUCAAAGGCAGCUGGGUGGAUAUUCAGCCUUCUUUUUCAAUCCUUGCAUUUUCUCUUCUCUCUCGUUUUCCUGAGCAAGCAUGACAGACGCCUUCAGUGCCAAAGGCCAAACACUCAUCAUGUCACAGAGAAGGAGGAGUCUGCGUUUUUCAGAAAUGAUGCGAGCGCUCUUAAGAAGACAAUACUUUACGGAGAGCUCUUUUCCGUUCCUCCCACUUCCCCCAGUGCUGGCAAAUAAAUCAGCCGACUAUUAAGGAAGAUGGUUUGAUCUUCCCUCUCCACAGAACCGGACCGGACCGGACCAGAGCAAAGGGGGCAGCGCGCCACUCUCUCUGGCCUCUCUCUCCCGCCUCUCUCUCCCGGGGGAAAGGGCGAGAGAGCCGGCCAGGAGCGACUGAUAAACAGCGCUGCUGAUGUCAGUAACGGAACCGUUUAGCUUUAAUCGAUACGCAGUCUCCCUGACGGGCGAGACAGGUCCACAGCGUCCUGCCAUUGUUAUUCAGACCCUUUUAAUCUAAUUGGGCGUCCCCCCCCCCCCGGCGCCCCCCCCCGGCGUCAUUCAGCGCCUCGUGAGAGAGAGGAGAGCGUUAUUUAUGUGUCCUCGCGCACUCUUCUUUACCUUUUCAUCACGCCAACCUGUUUUACAUCCGCCGGCUAAUUAAAUCACAUAAAUCACGCCGGUGGGCUGAGAGUUUGAUAAAAAAAACGGGAUUUAAUAAAUCUGGAUUAUGUGCAUUACUCGGCACAUCAUUCACCUUGUUUACGGGAUGAAAUAUGCAAACAGAAGAGGGGCGUAAAAGUGAUCGAUGAAUUAAGAGAGCCUGUAGCACAGCUUUCUCUGCUGGUCUUCCCUGGACGUCCUGAUGAAAUCUGACCUGUUGUAUCAGUCUUCUGUGACAUCAUUUGGCCUGGCCGUUGUUUGUGAUAUCGUUAUGUCUCAUUUUGAC